AUUGGAAAAAGUUCUCCAAAGCUCAUUUUAAAUAACUCUUUUUACAUGUCUCUUUUUGGAAUUUAUACUUAAUAAUGACAUAGUACUGACGUUUUUUCGGUUGAACCGAAAAGCUUCUGCACAGUUUAUUUCUCUUACAGUUGUUUUUGGUCUACUUUUGCGGAAAUCGGUAAUUUGCAUUUCAGAGCAGCUGGAAACAAUUCUUUUGACUUUCAUUAGAUAACGCCUUUAGAUUUGGACUGCCAUGAGAAGAAGUUUAAAUUUCUUUUCAUUUAUCUUUUUCUCCUUGCAUGUAAAAUUAGAAUUCUUUAAAUUUGAAGAACGAAAGCUCAAAAUUUCAAUGACUUUCUGAGAUUUUUUUUCUAUCAUGUACCAUUUUGCUGAAAGCUCCCAAUAAUUUUACCAAAUUCAAAUUUUAUCUGCGGUUUUCGUCCAUUGUUCAACACCUUUUUAAUAAAACAAAUAUAAACAAACGAUAAUGAAGUUGGUGUCUAUGUUAUUCAAUUUAUCUUUUAUUCCUAUACUUUAUAUCAUGGCAUCUACAUGCUCAAACGAAACCGAAGAAACGUUACACCAUUUACUUCUCCAGAAUUACGACAAGCGGUUGAGGCCAAUUUUGAACUAUUCUAGUGUCGUGAAUGUCACCUACACUGCUUCUUUGUACCAGCUAGCUGGAUUUGAUGUGAAAGCCGAAACAAUGGCUACUUUACUGUGGCAACGAAUGUACUGGAAGGACGAGCAUUUGACUUGGGAUCCAGCAGAACAUUCUGGAAUUACUGUUUUACGUUUUGGCCUGAAUGACCUCUGGCGCCCCGACAUUCUGCCGUUCAAUGAAAUUGGUGUUUAUGAUGUAAUGAAGUACCGCUUUGCGAUUCCCCUCAAAGUGCGCUACGAUGGAUUGGUGGGCUGGCUCCAGCCAGCCGCAAUGACGACCACUUGCACCAUGGACGUCUCCAAGUUCCCCUUUGACACCCAGAGUUGCCAGGUGGUGAUUGGUUCUUGGCAGUAUAAUAGUCACGAAGUGGACAUACACUGUGGCUCGGAAGAGUUGAACGUAGAGUCAUAUUCUGACCAUACUCAGUGGAAGCUCAGAAAGACGUCAUGUGAAAGGCGUAGCACGGAGUGGGAAUCGGGCAGCUACAGCGACCUCAUCUUCUGGGUGGAUUUCCAGCGCCUCAACGAUUUCUAUACUCGCAAUCUCCUGCUCCCAAACGCCGGACUUCUAGGCCUAACCGGACUCGUUUUCUUCCUCCCCUUUGAACAGGGAGAGCGCAUUGGCUUCGGAGUUACUCUAACUCUAUCACUAUGUGUGAACCUGAUGAUUGUAACCGAGUACAUUCCUGAAACCUCAAAAACUAUCCCAGACGUCUGCAAUUACUUUUUGGCAUCUAUUGCUCUAUCUGGAAUUGCAAUUAUACUGGCAAUUAUAUCAAUAAAUAUCCAUGUUUCAUAUGUCAACAAGCCUGAAAAACCGUCAAAACUAAUAAAUGAGCGUGACAUUUCCCUGAAUGGCCUUGGAAAUAAGGCCGCAGAAUCAACUGGACCUGCACCUGAAAACAAAAAUGCCCCUGCUGAAAGCACUUCUAAAGAAACGAAUUACAAAAGUAGUGCAGGAGGAAGUAUUUGUACGUCUACAUCCAGCAAAACAGAUCUGAUUGAAGUCAGAUUCGAGCAAGGCAAUGAAAAGCAUGAAGGCGUAAACAUUUUAGCGACAGUGAUCAAAUACGCCGACUUUGUCUUGGGAACCGUUUAUUUCAUCGGAACAAAUUUGUACUCUAUCAUUUUCAUAUAUUCACUGUCUCGACACGAUGCAUGAAAUUUGGAAACAUGUAUCCAGCAAAGAAUAAUGUCUGACUCUCAAAUGAAACUCAAACAAACAGCUGUUUAAGAAACUGUCUACGAUGCUGAAAGUUGCGCUCAGGCAAUAAUUUGACGAAGAAUUUGAUGACGAUUAGUUUAGUUAUCAAAAUUUCUUUGCUUUACUUUAGGCUAAGUUACAUAAAUUUGAUCAGAUAAAAUCUUCAGAUAUCUUUGAUAAGCGUAAGAUAUAAGAAAACUUUUAUAUUCGACGAUGCAUAAAGUUUAUCUAAAUUAUUU